GAGGCUAUUAGAAGAUGUUCAGUUUCAAGUGUCUUUGGAACAUGUGGAUGGAAGUGCUUUCUGACUGAUCUGGCUAAACCUCUAAAAUUUCUCCCGGAAAAUGGCCGAUGAAAAGGCUGCCAAGAAAGCAAUGCAAAGAGAGAAAGGUACCCAUAAAAAGAAUUCAGAGAAAUAUUUGGAAAAUAAACCAGAUCGUUGCGAGGAGGCUAAUGAUCAAGAAGACAACAUCGAAGACGAUAAACAAAAUUUUAAAGGAAGGAUUGAUGUCCACACCUUAAAUUAUUUCAAAAGGGUUGAAAAACUCCUUGAAGAUGAUAGUUUUGAAGAUGCAGAAAGCAAAGAGCUUUUUCUCAAUAACGUUUUAGACCAAACAGGCGAAGGGCCAAGAACUUGCCAACUUGCAAAGCAUAGGCUUACUAGCAAAAUCUUGGAAACAUUGAUUGGAAUGUGUAAUUCAAGGCAGUUUUUAUCACUACUAAAAAGUUUGGUGGAUGGAGCUUUGUUAGUUUCAAGUGAUAGAUUUGGGAGUCACGUCAUCGAAAAGGCAGUUAGUAUGGUACCAGUUCAUUUAAAUUGUAAGAUGGAUGAUGUUACUACCGAGAUUGAACAAGUAUUUUGCAACUUUGUGAAAGUAAUUAAGAAAAAUGUGGCAGAGCUGAUGAGAGAUACAUAUUCAAGCCACAUUGUUAGUACAGUAAUCCAGGUGCUCAGUGGAAUAUGUGUAGCAGAUGCUGUUUCAAGGAGCCGAAAUUCAAGAAUAACAAGAGGAAAGUUCUUCAAAGGAGCUGGAUCAAAAAGAGUGGGUCAGUCAAAUUUUGGUAAACUAUUUGAAAAGUCAACCAAUCCGACGCCAGAAAUUUUCAAGAAACAUCUUAAGAAAAUUGCCAAAAGCAUAUGCAAAGAUGACAAUUUUGGCGAGCUUCUUUGCCAUAAAAGUGGAAGCACUGUUAUACAGACACUUCUUUUGGCUUUGAAAGAGAAAGAUCAAACAAUGUGUUCAAGAGUUUGUAAUAUGGUUGUAGAACGAAGUAAAUUAUUAGAAUGGGGGAGAGCAAAUGAGGAAAAUACAUCUGCAAGUGUCCCUAUAUUAUUUGCUGAUGAAGUUGGCAGCCACGUUAUGGAAAAGAUCUUCCAUGCUGCAACCUCGGAUUUGUAUGAAGUUCUCUUUUCCAAGUGUUUUCAAAAUCAUCUGCUUCAAUUUGCAUUGCAUCCACUUGCAAACUACAUUCUCCAGCAUAUGAUGACUAGUAUACCUACAGUGGAAAUGGCCAGUGAAACAAUACAGGAGCUAUUUCCUUUCACUGAGGAUAUUUUGGCCAGUGGAAAUAUGGGUGUUGUUGUUAGAAUGGUAGAGCUGAGCAAUCAGUUUCAGUGCAAACAAAAAGAGCUUCUCAAGGCAUUGAUGAAAGCUGUACAUUUACCUAGUGAAAAGGAGAAGCAGAGUGUAUUCUUGAAGUUAUUGCUGACAUUAUCAACAUAUGACAUUAUGUUUGAAAAUUGCAUUGAAGAAAAUGUGAAAGAUACACCUGAAGAUAUGGAAAAGAAGCUUGAUAAGCAGGUUUUACCUGGUACAUUGACCAAAGAAACAUUGAAUUAUCAUGGAGCUUGCCUUGUAAGAACAUUGUUUUGCUUUGAAAACCCAAAAGUGCUCUUAAAAGGUCUUAUGAAAAUGGAGGAAGACUUAUUAUUCAUUUCGACACAUGAUUAUGGAAGUUUUGUUAUUGAACAGUUUUUGACAAGUGAAACUGUAAAGAAAACCUAUAAGAAGAGAUUUCUACAAAAAGUUAAGGAACUUCUUAUUACAUUAGCAAUGGAUAAAUUUGGUAGCCGUGUCGUUGACAAGCUUUGGGUUAUUGGAGAUGAGGAAGAAAAGAAAAUCAUAAAAGAAGAAUUGUAUAGAAGCAGAAGUCGCCUUAAAGGAAAUAUGUAUGGAAGAAUAAUUCUUAGGAACUGUGGUAUUGAAUCCACACAGUUUCAAGCAAGAAAUGAUGAUAGCAAAACAGAACAAUUCAGCACAGGUAGUUCAGCUACAAAGUCUAAGAAAAGGAUCAAGGAAAAGCCAACAGAUAGUUCUUUGGAUGAAGUUUUAGUUAGGGAGAAGAAGAUUAGAAAAAUUGACAGCUCAAUUGAUGAGGUAUUUCAAAAGCUAGGUGCUGGAAUGGAUAGUGAUGGGACAGCUGUGAUUGAAGAGCUUGAAUCUGAGGCCAAAAAUGAAAUGACAAACAGCAAUGAAAUUGAUGAAUUAUUUGCCAAAGUGAAAGUUGCUCAAAAAAAGAAAACAAAAAGGACAAAAAGUUAAGAGCAUAAACAAACUGCCCUGCUUAAAUGUGUUAGCCUUACG